GCGGGCCAGAAUCCCUCUUCAACCUUCUGCUUUCUGGAGGGGCACCUUCAACCAACUCCGCGGGGCACUGGCAGCGGCUUCUUUAGUUGUAAAGAUUAAGUGGAAAUAACACUUUUACACAGACACAAUGUCGUUCCUGUCGGUCAGCAGGCUAGCACCUAAACUCCUCAAUUCAAAGAAUGCCACUUCCUUCGUUGUGGCUGCCAGACAUGCCAGCGCAUCAACAACAAAUCUGAAGGAUGUUCUGGCAGACCUCAUCCCCAAAGAACAGUCCAGGAUCAAGAACUUUAAACAACAGUAUGGCAAAACCAACAUAGGACAGGUUACUGUUGACAUGGUCUAUGGAGGUAUGAGGGGCAUGAAGGGUCUUGUGUAUGAGACCUCUGUGUUGGAUCCUGAUGAGGGCAUCCGCUUCCGUGGCUACAGCAUCCCAGAGUGCCAGGAGCUGCUGCCUAAAGGUCCAGGAGGCGCCGAGCCACUGCCCGAGGGUCUCUUCUGGCUUCUGGUUACAGGACAGGUGCCCACUGAGGAGCAGGUGAGCUGGGUGUCCAAAGAGUGGGCGAAGAGAGCUGCACUUCCCUCUCAUGUUGUCACCAUGCUGGAUAACUUCCCCACAAACCUUCACCCCAUGUCUCAGUUCAGUGCUGCCAUCACAGCUCUGAACAGCGAGAGCAGCUUUGCACGGGCUUACUCUGAGGGAGUCCACAAGACCAAGUACUGGGAGUUUGUGUAUGAAGACUCCAUGGACUUGAUCGCCAAGUUGCCCUGCAUUGCCGCUAAGAUCUACCGCAACCUGUACCGCGAAGGCAGCAGCAUCGGAGCCAUCGACUCCAACCUGGACUGGUCCCACAACUUCACCAACAUGCUGGGUUACAGUGACACUCAGUUCACUGAGCUAAUGAGGCUCUACCUCACCAUCCACAGUGACCACGAAGGAGGCAAUGUCAGUGCCCACACCAGCCACUUGGUGGGCAGUGCUCUGUCCGACCCCUACCUGUCCUUCAGCGCUGCCAUGAAUGGUCUUGCUGGUCCCCUGCACGGUCUGGCCAAUCAGGAGGUGCUGGUGUGGCUGACUGCCCUGCAGAAGGAGAUGGGCGGAGAGGUGUCCGAUGAGAUGAUGAGGGAUUACAUCUGGAACACACUGAAGUCUGGAAGGGUUGUGCCUGGAUACGGCCACGCUGUCCUGAGGAAGACUGACCCACGUUACGCCUGCCAGCGCGAGUUCGCCCUGAAGCACCUGCCCAACGACCCCAUGUUCAAGUUGGUGGCCCAGCUUUACAAGAUUGUACCCAACGUGCUCCUGGAGCAGGGCAAGGCCAAGAACCCCUGGCCCAACGUGGACGCCCACAGUGGAGUUCUGCUGCAGUACUACGGAAUGACUGAGAUGAACUACUACACCGUGCUGUUCGGCGUGUCCCGAGCUCUCGGCGUGCUGGCUCAGCUUGUUUGGAGUAGAGCUCUGGGCUUCCCCUUGGAGCGCCCCAAGUCCAUGAGCACAGAUGGACUGAUGACACUGGUGGGAUCCAAGUCAGGUUGAAGACGCACCUGAGAGGAGUUUGGGGGUUAGUGUGAAGGGUGGGAGGAGUUGGAAUUAUCAAGAAAAGGCAGACAAAAAAAGUUGACCCCCUGUCAUUUCCAACCCCAGGGAUACAACGGGAUUCAAAGAGACAGUACGCUUUUAAUGUAAUUUCACAAAAGAAGGGCCUUUCAAAAUCAUCACAGCAUUAGUGUUAUAAGUGUGUUUAGUUGACCACUGAUGCAUUGAGAGCUGAAAACACACACACACACAUAGCCCACAGUAGGCCCAAAGUAUGUACCAUUAGACGUCUGCUAGAUCCCCCCCCUCCCCGUGCAGUGCCUGUAUUUGUCAUCAGGCACCUGAUCUGACUUCUAGUACGCAGAGGCAUUCAAAGGGAAUUACGGGAGGGAAUAAAUCAUCCCACAUUUGUUUAAAGAUCUACAGCCUGACCCUUCUCCUGCUUUUUGGCUAACACAGAAAUUAGUUUUAGGAUCUCCCAAAGGAAGAUAUAUAUUUUUUUCAUCUUAGUUCCUCCAGAGCAAUGUCCCCCUGAUCCCACCCAGACCUUCCAUGCGUCUCACUCCCAUGUAUGAACACUCCAGUUUGGAAAUAAAGGUCCUCACAUGUCAAACUAACACACUGUUCAAAAUACAAGUUUAAAAAAACAAAACAUGAAGACCAGUUAAAAGAUUACUGCCCCUUUAAAUCUUAGAUCUCCCCUCUUUCUCCCACUUUUAGUACGUCCGUCUAGUUAGCGAUGACCUGUAUUACCUCUAUGAUCAAAAUAACUGUCUUAUCUUUAUAAUUAUUUUCCCUCUGCUCUUUUUUCUUUAACGCUCUCCUGCUCCCCCACGUGUCUCUGCUCUAAAGGGUUCCCGAAUGGUAGAGAAUCGGUAAUAAUGUACAGUAACAGUAAUGAAGAUUUGAGCGAAGGGUGUUGUAAUUUGCAGCCUGUAAUAAAUCCUUAAGAGCAAGCUUGAAUAAAAAGUGGGAUGUAUUGGGCUUCGUUAUGAGCGUCGAGUCCUGUCAUAUGAGUGUGUGUUUGUUAAUCCCCACAGGAAAGCGCUUUAAACAUCUACUCCAGAAUGAGCACUUGCUUGAUUGGAUUUCCUAAUUAGUAGCAGUAGAAACCCUCCCAGGUUGAUUGAGUCUCCUUUGACCGAGGUUUUAUUUUUUUGGUGUUGAAUAUGUAUAAAACGAUAAUCUUUGGGUUCUCAUUUUGUGGUUUUAUUUAUACUUUGUGUACAUAGGUAUAUAUAUGUAUAGCUUGAAUGUAUGAGCUCUGUGCGAUCACUUGCUUGUAAUAACCACAAUGAGUAUCACAGUUUACCAACAUUGCAGUGGCGUCGGGUCUCACUGGUCGCUGCGAGAUUCAAAGAACAAAAAGAACAAACUGCAGCUAUCUUGUAUAUACACGAUUUCUUGCCUAGCUCUGUGGGCCGAGCUGGUGCUUGUUUUUUUCCUUCAGGUUUCACUUGACCGUUUCAAGCUUGCUCUUAAGUACUGGGUUUGUCAACACUCCAUUUUUAUGUAGCUUAAGCUCCUGCGUCUUCUUUUCAAACUUCUCUUGCUGUGUUCGUCAGUAGUUCACUCAGAUGUUCAAAUCUCUCCGCUCUGCUACUUCCUUCUGGCUGUAUCACAGGAUGUGUGUGAGUGUGUGUGUGUGCGCGUGUUGUUGUAGUGUUCUUCCAUGUGGCGGGGUGUUUAGAAAGAUGUGGUUAUUUUGAUCGUAGAGGAGCAUAAAGGUUGUACAUGAUAACCGGGAGAAUUUAAGUGCAGACUGAUUCAUCAGAGAAACACUUUGGGGGGACGGGGCUGGACGGGUCAAAAGGGCAAGAAAAGCUUGAAGAGCGAAUAUUGGAAAACCUAACAAAAAAUGGAAAAUAAUAAAGGUUUUUAUUAACACUU